AUGAAGAAGCCUAUGAGUGUGCUACAAACCAAGCGAAACCAAGAAGGAAAAGAUGGCCAAAACAGAGAACUUUCAUUGGAAACACUUGAGGCCAAGAAAGAUAAUCUCACAACUGAUGAGAUUAUUGUUUCCUCUGCUUCUGAAAGUACAGAGGAAGAACCUAUCUUCCAUAAUUUUCUACCUAUUCCAGUCAAUCAUCAAGAAAACGUGUUUGAAACCAAAACUCAUACUGAAUCUGAAGAGGUUUCAACAGAAUUGAAGUUGGGUUGUAGUUCUUACAUCACCCAGAAGAGUACAGCAAAUGAAAACCUGGCCAAUUCCUCUCUGCCAGCUACAUCUAGUGGAAACAAAAGAAUGAAACUUGAUGGCCAUCAAGUUGAAAAAGGAGAAGGGUCUAUUGGUUUUGACCCUUGGGUUAUCAAGAAGAGAAUUACAGACAGUGAGAUCCGAGGCAGGCUCCGUUUACCAGCAGUUGGCGUUAAAGAGCAUAUUUUGCCAAAUUGGGAUAAAGAAUGCGUUGACAGUAUUAAGAUUGGGGAACGAUUUGCUGUUACUGUUUGGGAUUGUGAUACUGAGUCCAAACAUCAAUUGUUCUUUAAUAAGGAGACAGGUACUAAUGCAACAUACGGCUUCAUUGGACAAUGGACUGAAGAAUUUGUGUCGAGGAGGGGCUUGAAGAAAGAUGAUGAGAUUGGACUUUAUUGGGAUCGAAUCAAUAAAAGAUUCUGUUUUAGCAUUCUCAAUCGGGCUUCGAGUGAUUAA